AUGGAGGAACUGGACAGGGAAGUAAUGGCCGGAGAGGAGUUGAAGAGGAGAAACGCCUGGGAGCCAAGCGUCUUCUGUUCAUUAGGAAUGGAAAGCUUCUCCUUUGCAGGUCAUGAGAUCAGCAUCCGUGAAUCACUGGACACAUAUGGUGCUCUCAUCUGGCCUGGGGCAGUGGCUCUCUGCAACUACUUGGAAAAGAAUCAGGAGCAAUUCAAUCUGCUGGAUAAAGCAGUACUGGAGCUGGGAGCAGGAACAGGACUGGUAUCCAUCGUGGCCAGUUUAAUGGGUGCAUGGGUGACAGCUACAGACCUGCCAGAGAUCUUGGACAAUCUGAACUUCAAUCUCUCACGCAACACGCGGGGCCGCUGCAGAUACACACCGCAGGUGGCCCAGCUGACCUGGGGGGAGGAACUGGGCCGAAACUUUCCCAGCUCCAUCUACAACUACGACUACAUCCUGUGCGCAGACGUCGUUUAUCAUCACGACUGUCUGGAUGAGCUUCUGAUCACCAUAAAGCACUUCUGCAGGCCUGGCACAACCCUGCUCUGGGCCAACAAGAUCCGUUUCCAGACAGACCUGCUAUUCAUCGAAAAUUUCGAGAAGGCCUUCAACACCACACUGCUGGCAGAGAUCGCAGAGGACAAGGUGAAAAUCUUCCAGGCCACGGCACGGCUGGAGUGAGAAAAUACCAGAAGCAAAGAAAUUAAAAAGGAAAAUCAA